AUGGCGCUAUCUAACGAUAACCAGAUCAAAGAGAUUAUCGUUAUUGGUGCAGGCGUCGUCGGCCUCACCACAGCGUUAAAAAUCCAGGAGCAGGGCACCUAUCGUGUCACCAUCGUCGCUGAGACAUUCCCCACAGAUCCAAAAUCAAGCAGGUACACUAGUCACUGGGCGGGUGCGCACCAUGUCAGCCAUGCUUGUGAUGAUCAAAGACAGCGAAAGCUUGAUCAAGAUACCUUCCAUGCAUUAUGGAAGCUAUCAGAACCAGGUGGUGCAGCCGAGGGUUGUUUAUUGCGGCACACCCAGACUGAAUAUCGCGGAGACGACCUCACCGAUGCUGAAUGGCUUCAUUAUAUGCCAGAUUUCAAAUAUUUAGAUCCGAAUGAACUUCGUGGUCCAGCAAAGAUAGGCUUCUCAUUCAGUACAGUCACUAUGAAUACUCCAGCCUACCUUAACUGGCUUCUGUCAUCUUUCCUCGCGAAAAACGGGACUAUUGUGCGCGUGUCCCUGCAGCACAUCAGUCAACUUCUUGAGCGAGGAACCAGUCCAUACACAGGUGCCCACUCGUACCAUGACGUUGAUGCUAUUGUUGUCUGCGCCGGUAUCGGCGCUCGCAGCCUAGGAGGCGUUGAAGAUAAGGACGUAUAUCCAAUUCGUGGGCAAACUGUGCUACUCAGAGCUCCCUGGAUCAAGUUCGGGAGGACUAUGACUGAGGCUGACGGGACGUACACUUAUACCAUGCCAAGAAGCAAUGGCGAUGUUCUGUGCGGCGGCACGAGAGUACCCAAUGACUGGUAUCCAGUUCCGCGUCCUGAAGUAACCGAGGACAUUCUUGCGCGGGCCCUGCAGCUCACUCCAGAGCUUGCACCCCCACAGACACGUGUUGACCGCGACCCCACUGUCGAGGACCUUCGUUCCAUCAUUAUUGAACCAGGUUGCGGUCUACGCCCUGGCAGAAAGGGUGGCAUAAGACUCGAAGUCGAGUGGUUUGACGUGCCCGCGCGAUGUAAAGUGCCUGUUGUGUAUAACUACGGACACUCUGGUUAUGGCUUCUUGUCAUCGUGGGGCUCAGCAAACAUGGCAUUGGACUUGCUGGAGGGUGCUCUCACGAGCGGCGCUCCGACAAAUGCAGACAUAUGCGCCGAUCUACCAUCUGGGAAUCUAGGAAACUGA